UUACCUUAGAGCACAGUCUCGGACACCACUCAGCUGCAGAGAUGAGUAACCAAACAGUAACCUAUGCAGAACUGAAUCUGGCUAAGGGCUCCAGGAGACAGCAAAUAAAACCUAAGGACACGAAGAGCUCCAUUUCAGUGACUGAGCAGGAAAUAACCUAUGCAGAUGUAAAUCUUCAAAAUGCUUCACAGGCUCUUCAAGGGAGUGACAAGAACUACCACUGCAAAGAUUUACCAUCACCUCCAGAGAAGCUCAUUGCUGGGGUCCUGGGACUUGUCUGCCUUUUGCUGUCCACUGUGGUAAUGAUAACUGUUAUUUCCUCACAUCAUUGUGGUCGUUGUCCAAAGGAGUGGAUUACAUAUUCCAACAACUGCUAUUACAUUAGUACCGAAAGUAAAACGUGGACUGAGAGUCAGAUGGCCUGUGCUUCCAAGAACUCUACUCUGCUGCUUAUAGAUGAUGAAGAAGAAAAGGUAACAUUUUAAAUGUUAAAGAAUUUC